CAAUUCCGCAUUCCUCAGCCCGCCGUGUAUCCUGGGACGAAGAUUGGGACACGCAGCGCGAAAGGUUGUUUCAUCCCUUCCUAACCCAUCUUCACCUGUCCAACCGAGCUGGCUUUCCCAUCCCAAUUGGAUGUCGUUGCUUGCUGCUGUUCCAAACCUGCGACGGCGUUACGCAGCGAACUCGCCGUCUCAUCUUCGGUCCCAGCGACCUACCUGCUUACACUUUCCCGUCUUCUUCUGAUCCCAUCACCUUCUAGUGAAGCAAUACUCCAUUCAAAGGGCCAACCCAGGCACCACCGCGACCAUGAAAGCCGCCUCAGCCGACCCCUUUGGCCAGAUCCUCAAGGAUCUAGUCCUCAUCGUCAUCAGCAUCGCCUUCAUCCCUUUGACAACGAUCAUCCUCGCCCUAAGCUAUGCGUGGCAGCGCUUCCUGCGUCCCGGCCAGGCCUUCGAUCCCGCCGCCGCCACGGACCGCCAGCAGCAGCAGCGCCGCACCAUCCUCGUCACCGGCGUCGGCAUGACAAAGGGCCUCACCCUCGCACGACUGUUCCACCAAGCCGGUCACCGCGUCGUUGGCGCCGACUUCUCCCCCCACGCCUGCGGCAGCCGGUCCGCCGCCCUCGCCGCCUACCACGUCCUCCAGAAGCCCGGCCGAGCCGGAGGCGGCGCCGACCCGUACCUCGACUCGGUGCUGCGGAUUGUGGAGCGGGAGAAGGUUGACCUCUGGGUCAGCUGCUCGGGCGUCGGCUCCGCAGUCGAGGACGGCGUCGUCAAGGAGGUCGUCGAGGCCCGCACGCGGUGCCGCGCCGUGCAGCCCGACGUCGCGCGCACCCGGAUCCUGCACGAGAAGGAUUCCUUCAUGGACCACACGCGGGAGACGGGCUUGCGCGUGCCAGAGUCGUACCUCGUCACGAGCCGCCACGAGAUGCUGGCCGCGCUGGAAGAGGCGUCGGGGGGCCUGUCCUACGACGCCGACUCCGAGACCGCCAAGAACAGGAAGCCGCGCUUCAUCGCAAAGUCGGUGGGCGUCAACGACCGCGGCCGCGGCGACAUGACGCUGCUGCCGCUGCCGACGGAGAAGGAGACGUACGACCACGUGUACCACCUCGAGUGGCUGGGCAUGUCGGACAAGGAGCCCUGGCUGCUGCAGGAGUACAUUGACGGCGACGAGUUUUGCACGCACGCGCUCGUGGUCCGCGGGGAGGUGAGGGCGUUUGUGGCGUGCCGGUCGGCGGAGCUGCUGAUGCACUACGUCGCUUUGCCGGCCUCGUCGCCGCUGUCGAGGGCGAUGCUCGAGUUUACGCGGAAGCAGGCUGCGUCGUUUGGGGAUGCGUAUACGGGCCACCUGAGUUUCGAUUUCAUGGUGAGCCACGAGGACGUUGCUGCGGCGGAGGCGGGGGAUGGAUGUAAGCCUGAGCAGCUGAAGCUGUAUCCGAUCGAGUGUAACCCGCGGGCGCACACGGCUGUCGCGUUGUUCGGAGAGACGCCGGACAUGGUGGAGCAGUACCUGAGCGUACUUGACGAGACGGGAACCUUCGGGGGCAGUUUGGAGACGGAUGUGGUGACGCCGAGGCGGCCGGCCAAGUAUUACUGGAUCGGACACGACCUCUUCACGCUGCUGCUGCUGCCCACGGCGAGGGUGCUGCUCUUCCGGAUGUCGAUUGCGGCGUACUGGCGGUCCGUGAAGACGUUUGUCGAGCACGUGCUGUUCUGGAAGGACGGGACGUUUGAGCUGUGGGAUCCGUUGCCGAUGUGGUGGCUCUAUCACGUCUACUGGCCCAUGAUGUUCUGGGACUGCGUUGUGAACCGGCGGAGCUGGAGCCGGAUCAAUGUGAGCACUACAAAGAUGUUUGAGUGCGAUUGAGUAGUUUGGCAUCAGUGUAGGUGCCGUGUUGAUUGGCGAUUUGCAAUCCAUGGCUACCUAGUACUUAUUAGAUGUCACAUGUUGUUGACUUAUCAAACCCUUGGAGCUUUAUGAUAGGAGCGUAGCCCAGGGAAGAUCAAGAAAGUUAAAACUUCAAACUAGUAAAACUCAUGAUCAACGUGGAUUCGGUGGCAGCUUUCUUGUUGGUGUCACAUGGCAAGUAACACCACAUACUAGGUAGAUUUCGGACUUGACCCUUAGUGCCGGGAUCAGCGGCCAAGAAAACUCAAUUGCGACGCUCAUGUCACUUUAGGGCGGAGGGUCCAAAACGCAUAUUUGACAUUCGUUUGUCAAAACGGCGCCCUUUGCACUGGGAUUGGGUUGACAAUGGGUGUAUUAGGCUUAUAAUCGGAGCCGUUCCGAGGGGAUUCCGGCCGGUGUUCCGAGCGAUAAACCCCGCGUUGAGCCGCCCCGCGCGGCUGGCUGACGAGUAGUCGAGUCCUCCG